GUUACUUUCUUAAUCGCAUUUUUCAGUUACUUUUUCAAAGACUUCUAUUUUUUAUACAAAAAACAUACAAAUAUCUGACCAUGUACAUCGUGGCAUUCGUCAUCGUCAUCGCUGUCGGCGGUGUGUGCCGGGCGGACACCUUCAACGUAACCGCCAUCAACAGCAACGGGACGCAGACCAACAUUACGACCAUCGUCAACACCAACGACACCAUUCCCUUGUUGACCAGUGACACCACAACAACCACUACAACGCCGACAACAACAACGACGACCACUACGCCAACAACAACAACAACUACGCCGACAAGUACGACGACCGAUACUACAACAACGAGUACAACCACGACGACUACCAGCACAACGCCAACGACAACCACGACCACACCCACCACCACAACAUCCAGCACGACCACCACGACAACCGCGAAUACCGGCUGCCCGGAUGGUUGGUCACGGUAUCGCAACAGCUGUUAUUACACGGGAGAACGUUUUACCGGGGUUACUUUCUACGCAGCGCUGGCGUUCUGCCGGAGCUUUGGACCGAAGGCCCAUUUGAUCGAGCUGAACGACCUGGAUGAAUACAACCAUAUCCAAAAUAUUGCUCACAACGUUUCGUGGGGCGACGGGCCUUGGAUUGGAAUGGUGCGGAUGUUUAAUGAUCGCCGGUUUGUUUUGCCAUCAACCAACGCCGUCACUGGAGACCCAUCUUUUAAUAAAAUGAUCGAGGACAUUGCCGGCAAUCUGGGAACGGGAUACAACUGUGGCGGCAUGGAUAAAUCGGGGAAUCAGUUUGGCUUCUGGUCGUGCACGCCGAGUGGAAGCCCUUGGUGUGAAAUAGAUCUGUAAACUGUUUCUGGCACAUGACCGAAAACAACAACGUUAACAAAGUAUCAAAAAGCGCUUGUGUUAUGCGAAUAUACAGUAGAGAAUUUUAAUUCAUAUUAUUUACCGCUGCUAUGCAGCUUGUACGAAAUUUUGCGGUGCCGUUUUUUGCAUCACGAAUUGAUAUUCUGUUAAUUUUGUGAUUGAAAAUGUUAUUUAUUUUGUUCUAUUUUGUACGGAGAUUUUAGUAAACGAUUGACAAACAGCAAUAAAGCAUGAUUGCAAACACAAAA